GCCUGGUGAGACCCUGACCAGAGGACCAGCUUGCCAUGCCUGGACUACAGACCCACGGAAACAGUUAAUUUUGUAUUACAUGUUCAGAAAUCUGAACUUGCAGCUUCUAGAGGGGAGAAUACUUUAAUGAGGAAACAUUUUUCAGUUCCAUUAUAAGCCUACUUUGUACAGAAGUUGGGGAGACAGAGGUCUUCUUGGAAUGGUUAGUCACAAAGUCUUAUGGCAGCUCGAAAAAAUGGAAGAUUACAAAAGGCUGAAGUGCCAGAGCAGACAUCUCAAAGGAGGAACUUAAUGACCUAACUUGUGAGAAGACCUGAAGUGUCUACAAACAGAAGAAAAGGCAGAGAACAUGGAAUCUGUCUGGUUUCCAGUUGAACUUGGAUAGGAGACCAGCUUCCUCAGGGCAUUGGAUCUGGCUACCUCAUUCAUGAUUGAACCCACAAUCACCCAGGCACAGACCUGGAUGUCAUCAAAGACAACUGCCUGCACUUUUGGCAAUUGGUAAUAACUUCUUUUUAAAUGUAAGUAAACUUUCCUUUGAGCAUUUUGGAUUGGGACAGCUGUAUAUUCAUUAGCUUACUCUGGACUCUUUUUUAAAGCUUUUAGUAUUUCAGUAUUUAUGAUGGAUAGAACUUUGUAUUUGUCAUUUCUCUUUUCUGUCUAUUUGUCAUAGCCAUGCUCUGUUUGAAGAUGGGUAUAGUAUAGUGGAGCUGAAAUGGGGAUUCACUGACACCAACAGUGAAGAGAACAUACUCCACUAUAGCAGAUAAUCUGAAAAACAAUAUCAUUUCCUACAGAAAUCAUGAACACUGCCAACUUUGCUUUAUUAGUGAAUAAAUACAAUUUUAAAAUUACGUCUUAAAAUUGUAUUUCUCACCUAAAGGCAAAGUAUGCUAAUCAAUCACUUUUAUACACACGUACACUCACACCCAGACACUCGCAUGCAUGUGCGUGUGUGCGUGUACACACACACACACAUACCACUUAUGGCUUUCUUGAUUCCUGUUUUCAUUUUAGGAUGCAUAGCAGUUUAGAUAAAUUAUCUAGUGAGCAAGUGACAAAUUCCAUGUUCCUGUUCAUGGAAGUCUUUUACUCCAGGGCAAAAUUUGUCUCAAGGGUGUAAAGUUUUAAAUUAUUACUUUUCCCAAAAUUCACAUUAGUUUCUAUUUUGUCGAUUAUAGCCUCAUCUUUUUAACUUUGCACUGUUUUCAAGGGGAAAUUAUGCCCCCUUUGAUAUAGUUAUGUGUGGAGACAAAGCAGUUUUUGGAAAGAAAGCUAACAAUUAAACAAACCAAAACAAAAAGAGAGCGAGAGAUUGUAAUAACAAAUGUAUUUUGAAUUAGAACAUCAGAAAGAAAAUAAUAAUCAUUUUCAUAAGUAAGACAUCAAGUUCAAAGAUCUAUAUUCCAGGGUCUAUUUUUUAGCCAUAUAGAUAGUUGAAUGGUCAACCACUGUUAACAAUUUGUUCAGGUUGUGAUACAAUCCUUGAGUCAAGAUAGCAGAAAUACCAUUGAUCUUCUGGAAUGUUGUCCCUUAAUCUGCACUUUGGCCAAAUAUCAUCUAUUUUUAUGGAAAAAAAAAAGGCAGGGAAAAUUUUAGCCUCUAGAGAAGAGAAGCUAUCAUUUUACAUUUCACAGGGAAGAGGGUGAAGUUUCAAUGUACUUUGUUUUGAUUCAUUUCGAUAUAUUGAAGACUGACUAAAAUAGCAAGCAUAUGUAAGAAGAAUGAUGAAACAUUAGCUUCAUUGAUUUGGGACAACUCUGUACCUAUACAAGAAAUUGAAUUGGAAGAAUUCCCCUGGAUAUUCAGAUAAACCUCAAAGCUGAGUAAUAUGAGAAGGCAGUAGUGUAUAAAUUCUUAGGUGAGUCAAGCUAGUCUACAAUCCAUAAAGGUCUGAGAAGCUUAACUGUACUCAUCCUAUUUCCACAUGAAAUCAUGGCAACAAAUCAAUAUUAGUAUGCUUCCCAGAAUUCUCCAAGGAGUCCACUGAAGUUUUGUUAGAAGGGAUUGUUUUUAAAGUCAUAACCCAUGAGAGGAUCCAGCCAAGCCCACACAUCUCUCCCAUUUUACUAUCAUUCAGGGCAAAGCAUGGUUGAGUCUUUUGUUAUACACUGAAUGAGUUUGGACUGCUACAUAAUCUUUUCACCUAUUUCAACCUACUGAGUGCUUCCUUUCACUCCACAACUGUUUGGCUCAAGUGGAUCUUAGGAUUGAUUUGGACAAGUAUGAAUAUGUUUGUGAAAGGAUUUAAGAAUGAGACCAAGCUAAUGGAACUGCACCUACUUCAUGCUGGGUGGCAACUUACCUUUCUUCCCUCUGAGAGAUGAAAGAGAUUCAGUUACUGCUUUGACUUUUCAGCUUUACAAAGUAGAAUGGAAAAAUGAGGCACUUUCACCUCCAUUUUCCAGUGUUUCAGGAAUAAAUUGCCUUUCUUCUCCUCAGGCCUCUCUGCCAAAGUUGACAGCAGGUUGAAUCCUUUGGCACCUGGGUUUAGUUUCCUCUGCUACAUUGUUGACUCCAAACUCUUUCUGGCCUCCAAAGUGAGUCAGGAUGGGCUCAUCUUCUCAACUGAGUUAGAGUCAGAUACUUCCCUGCACAUUACAUGGUUGACACCAGAACUCUCACAAGCAUUGCUUCAUUUGACCCUCACAGUGAACCCUUGUGUCAAGAAGGUAGAUGUUGUUAUCUCUGAUUUUGUCUAGCAGGAUCCUGAGUACAUACCUCCUCAUUUGAUACACUGUUAUGGAAAUGCUGCCGAACCCUCCCAACAGUGACAGACAUUCAGUGGAAACAUGGAAGAUUCAGUCAAACUGGUUAUUUGACAAACAUAGACCACUGUUGCCCAAUCCACAAGUACAUCGUGGCACUUGGAGUGUCAGGAAGACGCCCUGGUUCCCAAGUUCCUAACCAAUAAGGAGUCCUCAGGAGCAGCAGGAACUCACCUGACUAGGCAUUUCCAUGAUGUGGCUGUUUUUAACAACAACCUAUUUGAUUUGUGGAACUUUAAAUGCUGGUGGAUACUUUAAUUUGGAAAAAGAAGCAAAUCCUGAAGUGUGGAUGAAUAUUAGUGAAAUCAUUGAGUACAAUGGCUACCCCAGUGAGGAGUAUGAAGUCACCACUCAAGAUGGAUACAUACUCAGCAUCAACAGAAUUCCUCAUGGCCGAAGAGACACUAAGAACACAGGUACCCGGCCAGUUGUAUACAUGCAGCAUGCCCUGUUUGCAGACAGUGCCUCCUGGCUUCAGAAUUUUGCCAAUGGCAGCCUUGGAUUCCUUCUAGCAGAUGCAGGUUAUGAUGUUUGGAUGGGAAACAGCCGGGGGAACACUUGGUCAAGAAGACACAAAACACUCUCACUGACUCAAGAGGAAUUCUGGGCCUUUAGCUUUGAUGAAAUGGCCAAAUAUGAUCUCCCAGGAAUAGUAGACUUCAUUGUAAAUAAAACUGGUCAGGAGAAGUUGUAUUUCGUUGGACAUUCACUUGGUACUACAAUAGGGUUUGUAGCCUUUGCCACCAUACCUGAGCUGGCACAGAGAAUCAAAAUGAAUUUUGCCUUGGGUCCUACGAUCUCACUCAAAUACACCAUGGGCAUUUUUACCAGACUUUUCCUACUUCCAAAUUCUGCAAUCAAGAAAUUUUUUGGUACCAAAGGUGUCUUUUUAGAAGAUAAAGCAAGGAAGUCAUCUUCUAUCAAACUCUGCAACAAUAAAAUAUUAUGGGUGAUAUGUAGUGAGAUUAUGUCCUUAUGGGCUGGAUUCAAUAAGAAAAAUAUGAAUAUGAGCCGAAUGGAUGUUUAUAUGUCCCAUGCUCCCACGGGAUCAUCCGUACAGAACAUCCUGCAUAUAAAACAGCUUUAUCAGUCUGAUGAAUUCAGAGCUUAUGACUGGGGAAGUGAAGCUGAGAACAUGCGUCAUUACAAUCAGAGUCGUCCCCCACUAUAUGACCUGACUGCCAUGGAAGUACCUACUGCUAUUUGGGCUGGAGGAAACGAUGUCCUUGUAACACCCCAGGACGUGGCCAGGAUACUCCCCCAAAUCAAGAAUCUCCGUUACUUCAAACUGUUGCCAGAUUGGAACCACUUUGAUUUCAUCUGGGGCCUUGAUGCUGCUCAACGGGUGUACAGUAAAAUCAUAGACUUGAUGAAGUUAUAUCCCUAACAGAAAUACAUCUACUUGCUUCCAAGCCCAUAGCAGGCUUUGGAGAAACUACUUAUCAGCAGUGAAGCCUACAGCCUUCACCCUGUUGCCAUUGCUGAAGGAUUCCCUGGUAGCAGCAUCCCUUUGGGGAGUUGUUUCAACUGUGCUGCUCUUUCUCUAAGAAAUGUCCACAUUUGAAAUCUCAGACUCUCUUGCUGUCAGUUAGGGCUAGGUCCUUUUUUUCAUCUACAAUGAUCUUCUCUGUGAACUUGUGGGAGGAGUUAAAAUAGGUCCUUCUCUUCCCUAUUUCAAAAAUAUAUACAGUGUUUCAUGCAAAUGAUACCCAUUCCCCAUUCCCUUUGUCAAAGGAUUGAAUAUAAACAUAGGGGUGCUGGCAUAGAGAGAAAGACCUUGUCAAGGCAGCAAUUUGGGAAUAUAUUUUGGGUGGCUGUGCUCUCAUGGCUUUCCUGAAAUCACAAUUAGGGCAACAGUCAUUAUGGUCCUCUAUAAACAAGCCAUAAAAUAAGCGCUGGCCCACACAAUGCAUGAAAAAAAUAGCAGAAUUGAAAGCUGACCAAAUUUAAGUGUUCUAAGAAUUUGUUUUAUUGUUACAAGCUGUAAACUGGGGGUUGGGCAAGGAAAACAAAAUUGGGAAGGACUAGGAUAAGCUGAAUUUCUAGUUAUUAAAAUUAUUCGCUAUAGGUCACUGUCUUUAAAGCAAGGUUAAAUUAAUAAAGCUCUCUGAAAAAAAUGUCCUAGAACUCAUAGACAGUAGGCAACAGUCUUAAGUUAUAACAUGAGAGUUCAUUCUCUCUUGUUUUGCCCUAAAGAUAGAUUGAUCAGCCAUCAUGUCUUCUAGCAAAGUAGAAUUUAUAUGACUGAAUUUGUAGUCAUUAACCUUUCUUUUUUUUCUUUCCUUUUCUUUCUUUCUUUCU